UUGAUGAAUCUCCAUAAAUCCGGAAUCAGGUCACAUCUCCAGCUGACCAAUCCCCAUCCCCAUCUCAUCCGGGGGCAUCCACCAAUGAGGAGGCAGGAGACAGAUGGAUUGGGGCUGGUUAUCCUCCCUCCUGUGGCUUGAUUGACGGUUAAGGUGAAGGUGUGAAGAGGUGCCCGGCUACAAUAUGGUGCUGGAGUCUCUGGUGGCCGGUCUGCUGAACACCUACCUCGGCAGAUACAUCGAGGAUUUGGACACCACAAAUCUGGGCAUCAGCCUCUUCGGCGGUGAUGUUGAACUGACAGACCUUCAACUGCGUCCAGAGGCUCUGUAUGAACUGGAGCUACCUUUGGAAGUGAAGGCUGGAUAUGUAGAGAAACUGUCAGUGGACAUCCCAUGGACCAGUCUGUAUACGUCCCCUGUUAAAGCCAGUUUGGAGGGAGUGUAUGUGGUCGCUGGACCUGUAACAGAUAGAAAAUAUGAUGCUAAGCGAGAAAAGAGACUCCUGGAUGCUGUCAAGAGGAAAAAGUUACAGGAGCUGGACACGCCUCAAAACAGCCCUGCACAACCAGAUGAUGAAGAGGAAAAGAGAAAAGAGCAGACGUUUACAGAAAAACUGACAGCUACAAUUCUGAACAACCUACAGCUGACCAUCAAGAAGAUUCACAUCAGAUAUGAAGACAAGGUGUCCAACCCUUCUUCCCCGUUUGCCCUUGGUCUGACCUUGCGGAGCUUCAGUGGACAGUCUGUUAACUCCAGAUGGGAGCCUGUCCAGGUAGACUCCAGGGCCACACAAAUGUUCAAGCUCAUCAAGCUAGAAGACCUUGCUGUGUAUUGGAACACGGGGUGUAAGAAACUUGUCUGUGACUACCUGACUACAGACUUGUGGAAGGACCUGAUGGAGGAAUGUCUGGACACCUGUCGGAUCAUGAAGCAGGACCUGGACUUCGUGGUCAGGCCGAUCUCUGCUGUCACAAAGAUCGCCUUCGACAAGAGUCAGAUGGUCGACCUGGACAAACCACGACUGUGGACAGACCUGGCCGUGCAGGAGAUCAUGGUGUCACUGUCAAGGCAACAGUUCAAGAGUAUGGUGUGUCUGGUAGAAUCCUUCAAACUCAUGGCAGUGAACCGGCUGUACAGAAAGUACCACCCAAACCUCCCUGUCAGGGGGAAUGCCAAAGCCUGGUGGCACUAUGCUUACAAUGCCACAGUCCAGGAGCACAUCCGACCUUACUCAUGGGAGAGUAUCAAAGCUUACAGACGAAAGUUCCAGAGGUACCAGGUUCUGUACAAGGAGAAGUUGGAGGAAUCAGAAGACGUGGCCGCCAUCUCAGGUGUGCUGGAGGAGUUAGAGUCAGACCUGAACCUCACCAGCAUCCUGGUAGCCAGGCAGCAGGCUAAACUACAGUUUGUUAAAAAGGAGAAAGUGCAGCCCAAGAAGAAGAAACCCUCAGGAGGAGGAGGAGGCUGGUUUUGGGGAUGGUUUUCUGAAAGUAUCGAGGAAGAAGAAGAGAUUGAAGAGAAAGAGUCAGAUUUCCUGUCCAAGCUGACAGAGGAAGAGAGAAAGAAGUUGUAUGAAGGUAUUGGUUACAGUGAAGAUGAUGUUCUGCCCGACAAACCAAAGGAGUAUGUUGAAAAUCGCUUCAACUUCUCCUUAAAGAGCUGCUGUUUUAAACUCAGGAACCAUGGGAUGGAUCUUGUGAAUUCCAAACUGGAGGAGGUGUUUGCCAUGUUUGAACAGAGGCCUUCAGCUAAAGCAUUUAGAUUCAGCCUGUCGACAGAAAACCUGAUAGCAGAAGGUGUGAAACAGGAUGACAAUAGUGCCACUGUCAUCGUCAAACCUGACAUAGCAUACAAAGGUCCAGAUGAGAAGCUGUUUAGUGCCGAAGUCGAGAUGAACCCCCUCUACACCACGGCUGACUCUGCACUCAGAGUCGCCGUGCAACCAGUCAAGAUACUAUAUGAUGCUGUGACAGUUGCAGAAACUGUACAUUUCUUCUCCAUGUCCAGCAGCAGUUUUGAAGAGUUGAAGAAUGCAGCCAACAGACAGCUUGCCAAGCUGGCUAAAGUUGGUCGCCUCAGUGUUCAACAUGCCAUCGAAAAACACAAGACCCUGAAUGUAAAUAUCAACCUGAAGGCACCCUACAUCAUCAUUCCUGAGGGUGGAAGCUUCUCAAGUAACAGUCGUCUGUUGAUGGCUGAUCUUGGCAGCCUACAGAUCAACAGCGACCUCCAGCCAGAUGAUGUGGUACUGCAGGGUGCGACCAUGAGUGAACUGGUUCAACGCCUGUAUGACCGCUUCAACAUUGACAUCAGCAACAUUCAACUCCUGUUCCUACAGCCAGGUGUUGAUAUAGAAGAGGCUCGGCAGGAAGAAGACUCUCCACAUCACAUACUUCCCAAGAUGGGACUCCAACUCUCCCUGUACAACAGUAUCAACCCACAGUACAGGGCACAGCCAAGGCACAAAAUGGAAGCCCUGCUGCCAUCUUUGAAGCUGAACAUCUCAGAGACCAACAUCUUUGCUUUGCUCCAGUUCCUGAAUUCCUUCCCAUCACUGGCAGAGUCAGAACUUAGUGUGGAUGAAGUUGAUUCCACUGAUAUCCCCAGCAGUAUGCCUGCGAUGGACUAUCGUGAGGUAGUGAGUGAUGAGACAGUGAAGCAACUACGAGCUGUUAGACGGGCCUUGAACCAAGCACCAGUAGACAAGGAGAAGGUUGUUCUGGUGACAGAGGAAAGUGUGGAAGCUGAAGAGGUUGGAACUGCACCUCAACCACCCAUUCAGGAAGACGAGGACCUGAAAAAGGAGGAUAAAAUGAAGACAGGAGAAGAAGAGGAAGGAGAAUUGAGCACCAAAACAAAAACAACUGUUGUAGAAGGAGAAACAGAAACUGCCAAAGAGGAUUCAUCAACUGUAAUGCUACCUACAAAUAUUGUGAGGAUGAAUGUAGCAGCUAGACUGGGCAACCUGGGUAUUCUGCUGUGUGACAGCUACCACACACUGGCACAGAUCAACAUCAAAGGACUAGAGUCAAACAUCAUCCAGAUGAGAAGAAGAACUAUAGUCCGGGCCAGACUGGAGGACCUUUUGGUGCAGGAUAGUGCUCAGAGUACCUUAUAUCCCAGGAUCUUAUGCAUUGAGGAUGAGGAUGUGUUCAGCUUAAAGUUUGUAGCCUAUGACCAGGCUGCUGAGGCUGCCCCUGCUGUAGGAGCCCUGGACUAUCACUGUAAACUCAGGCUGGGGAGGCUGCAGCUGGUCUAUCUGCCCAAGUUUGUCAACAAUGUCACUAAUUUCUUCAGUCCCUUCAGUGCACCAGCUGUUGCCACUCAGGCUGUUGACACUGCACAGACAAUCCUUCAGCAACAGGUCAAAGACGUUGAGGAUAGGGGUCAUCGUGUGGGACUUCACAUCGAUGUCCAGGCACCUGUGGUCAUCUUACCAGAAACAUCCACCUCUCCUGACACCUUACUCGCCAGACUGGGUGACCUCAGCAUCAGGAACAGCUUUGUCCAGGAAGGGAAAGUGCCUGUGGACAAAAUCAUUGUCAACCUGAGCUCUAUGCAGGUGUCAAGAGCCAAAUUUGGAGACCAGCAGGCUCUGAGUGCCCAGCGACUGUUACUGGAGCCGGUUGGUCUCCAUGUGGAGGUCUGCCGACAACUCCGGGUGGGGAACCCUGGUCUGCCGCAGAUCAGCAUUUCAGGGAAACUGGAGAACUUCAAGAUACACCUUGGACAACCAGACCUAAAAACAAUCUUUGCCAUCCUGUCAGGAGAGCAAGAUAACGAAGGCGUUGUUGAGGUGGACACCCCAGAACAGCAACAGGAGGAAGAGGACCCUGAAGGUAACAAUGAUAAUCCACAGCAGUCAGGCACUCAAGAAGUUCCAACUGAGACAGCCCGAAGUCCCAUCAUCAGGACCAAACUAACCUUGAACUUUGACAUGGAUGGCAUGGACCUCAUUCUGUACAAGACCAACAACACUGAGUCCAUAUUCUACUCUUUGGACCAGGACGGCUUCUCGCACUUUCAGCUUCAUGGGAUUUCCGUAGACGUCGAGACUAGAGACAACAACACAAUAGAAGCAUGUUUCCUUCUUCAGAUGGUGAUGCUGGAUGAUAUCAGACCCAAGUCUCCUCUCGCUGUUAAAAAGAUGAUCUACCAUUACAACAAGCAGGGCACGUCCAACGAUACCAGCGGACAAAUGCAGUCGGAAAAUGACAGUGCAGCAGACAAGGCAAACGGGAACAUACCGCCUGUUGUACUGACAACGUUGGAUGUGGUGGAUGCUGCAUCAGCUCUGACCUUGCACAAACCACUGGUUAAAAUGACUUACAAACAGGACAAAGACAGCCAGGACAUUGAUCUUAGCAUGGAGGGACUUCGGAUCAACUUGUGCAUCCCUUACCUGCUUGCUGUGGCAGAGUUUUUCACAGUUGGUAACAGCAGUCAAGAAGAUGAUAACAGAAAAAGAACCAACCCAACAGAAGAUGAAUCCUCCCCUCCCGUGGCCUCUCCCCCUCCCACCCCAACAUCUCAGAGCACACAGCCAGGGAGAACUUUCAAGGCAGUCGGUCGGCUCUCCAAACCAGAGAUCGUGCUGUUUGCCUACCCAUCCAGCAAGGAAAGCCGCAUCCUGGUACUUAGAACUGAGAUAGACUUCAGCUACGAGAGGAACUCUCUCCAGGACAGUUUCAGUGCAGGAGUGAACCAACUGGAAGUCUUCUCCUCUCUGUACUCAGCUCUGAUCGUGCCUGAGGGAAGCUGCAGCGUCCUCAGACCGUGUAACAUCAAGUUCGAACGGACGGUUUUCCCUCACAACAAGGCGGAGAAGCUGUUGGCUGAAUUUGAAGACGUGAACGUGCACAUCUCGCCGACUGUACUCCACAUCGUGAUGGCGGUCCUGCGCUCCUGGAACUCCGGCCAGGUCCUGACCGAGACAGACGAACCAAUGAAGAAGGAGCCGCUGACCGAUCUCUGGAGCCCCAAAGCUAUCUUGCCGAGCAAGUUCAGGAAAAAGAGGAAAACGGAAGGUGGGCAUGGCGCUGCAGUGAAGAACAAGACACCUCCGCAGACCUUUGUGAUCGACAUGGACAGCAUUCUGUUUGUUUUGGAGCUGGAAGUUGGUGAAACGUACAUGCCGUCACUGUGUGUCAAGAGUGGGGUUGAAGCUAUUAUGUCUGAUUGGUCUUCGCAGAUGCGUAUGAAGGCAGAUGUCCACCUGGAGGCGACGUUCCACAAUGAGAAGCUGGGAGUGUGGGAACCUCUCAUAGAACCCAUCAUGGAGAAGAACGGCACAUACAGACCAUGGGAUAUCUGUUUCAAGAUGGUGAAUGCCCCCAGUAGGCAUCUGUGCCCGACCAUGUACGACUGUGAAGACUUCGGCAACAUGAAGCCUGUCGACACAGUGGUGAGAACGGCCAUGUACCGAGAUGACAGCGAUGAGUCAGAGACAAGUCCUGAUGACACUGACAGUUUUGGAGACCGUACAAGUUUGCUCGCAAGACGACAGAGAAGUUUGAACAGAGAUCAGGUGGAUAGUGGAAGGGGAGUGGCUAAACCUGUCAAACACGUUUCCAUGGAGACUGGCCCCGCCCACAAGUCUGAGGCAGACCAGAGGGAGGACGAUGAAGAGGAGGGAUUCUGGGAUACGAUAGAAAACGCCCUGCUCUUUUCCAGCAGCUCUGAGUCAGAGGGUGAAGAGGACGGUGGGAAGGAACUUGUUCCAAAAUUUGUUCCGCCAGUUUCUGACUCAGACUCUGGAGAGGAAGCAGACAACGAGUCAGUCACAAGUAAAUCCAUUGACGAAGUUGAUGCCCCCACAAGAGAUGAAGAGGAGGUAAAGAUGGCGACAUACCUGGUGCUGGACUCUGCCGACCUCCUGCAGGUCACACUCACUCCUGAAGCUAUCGGUGCCAUCAAGGACAUUGCAGAGGCCUUCUCAGCUGGGCCAUCCAAGCCGUUUAAGACAGGGAAACCAGAGUUCCCAUCUGUGGAGAUAGAGAACAAGCUUGGCUUCCACUUGACUGUUCAUGUUCAUCCAGAUUUGCAGAUAGAAGAGGUGAAAAAUGAAACUAUCACCAUUGUCCAUGAGGAAAGGAAAACACCAGAAGAAGAGGAGGACACUGUGGACUGCUUUAAGAACCCAUUCAAGGCUAGGAAACCAAACCACAGUAGCAGCAAACUCGCAUCAGCCUUUGCCAAUGUUGGAAACCUGGCGCUUCUGUCGGGUGCAUUUGUCUACAAUGUCGGUCUUCAGAAGAACCAGCCUGUUAAGACCAAGGAUCACAUCAAACUUGAGGUUCCUGGAUUUGACCCUCUGCAGAUUCCCUGUAGACGUGCAGGUUCCUUCAUACACCAGCUGACCCCCAGUAAGAAGACAGCAUACAGUGUUGUAUGUGAUGUGGAGAUCAACCAUGGCAGGAGGAGGAUCACUCUCAGGUCACCAUUACAGGUCAGCAACCAGCUUCCGGUUUCCAUGGUGAUGACCUGUGACCUUUCCCUCCUCCCUAAAGUAGAGGAUAGUUGCCUGGAGGAGACUGAUGACAACAAGCGAGCCUUGCUUGGUACCGUGAGCCCUGGACAGACCUGUCCUGUACCUCUGUUUGCUGCUUACCAGGCUGCACUGGAAAUCAGGCCUGAAGGAACAGAGUUUGUGGCUCCUAAGGAGUCCCUGAAGUGGCCUGACGUUGCCGGUGACAAAGGUGUAAAGACUAUCUCAUGUGGACCAGAGGAGACUGGGACAGCCAUGUUUUUUUACAACGUUACAUGGGAAGCCUCUCCUGUAAGAAGGCUGGCCCUGAGGAACAUGAACAGUGUUCCCUAUGGUACCCUGUCUCUUCACUCACCAGUGGUGAUACACAAUUAUCUACCAUAUGAGGUCAGUUACAUGAUAGGGGAGCGUCCAGAAGUGUCCCUGUCUGCCGGGGUCAGUGUGCCGUCCUGUAGUCUGGACAUGGAGAAGAACCACAAAGUGGACGUCCACCUCCGGGGCUACCAGGGGCUGGACUGGUCAGGGAAAUUCUACAUCUCUCUGGACAUGGACGAAUAUGAGAUGGUUGUCAUGGAAACUACAAGUAUGAAGGGUGAGAAGAAACAGAUGGCCCUGGGAGUACACACGACUGUGGGAGGCAGCCGGGAUGUUUUCCUGUACGCACCUUACUGGCUCGUCAACAAAACUGCUCUCCCUGUGGAGUUCAGGGGUGCCGGCAGCACGACUGUCUAUCAGGGUAACACCACAAACGACCCUGCUCUCUUCAGCUUUCACAGGCACAGGAGGAAGAAGAUGAGGAGUGUAGCAUGUGCCUGUACAUGUGUAGAUAGGGCAGAAAAGCGAAUACGGCCGGCCAAGAUGCGAAUGUUCCGGUCAAAGUGGUCAUCUGCCAUACCAUUGGACACAGUCGGACAUGCUGGGGUGGUCACCUGUCGAGACAAGGACAGUGGGAAAGUCUACCAGGUAUGGCUGGAGAUCCAGUUGUCCAAGCUGAAACUGACCAAGAUGGUGACCCUCCUGCCCUUCUUCAUGGUGGUCAACAAGACCACUGCAGAGGUCACCUUCACUGAGGAGGGUCAGGAGGAGGAAUACUGGACUGUCAUUCAGCCAGAAGAGGUUUUACCACUGUGGCCUCACUCCGGAGUUCUGAACCUUGUGGUGAGACAGCCUGGAGUGGAGAACAAGGGUGCAGAGAUCCCGGUCCUGUCGCAGUACUUCCCCAUCCACAAGUCUCACAGCACGGUGCUCAGAAUGUGGAACGGCACGGCGCUCACCGUGAACGUGGCCGGCGGGACGGAGAGCCCCACCACGAUCACGUUCACCCCGUUCCAGCCGGGAGAUGCGCCGGUCCGGGUGGUGAACUGUUGUCACAACGCCUUCAUCAGGUUCCACCAGAAGGGUAUGAGCCAGGUUAUUGUCCUGACACCCAACCAGUCUGUGCUGUACACCUGGGAUGACCCUACAGAGGAGAGAACUCUGUGGUGGAACCUCUACAAGAGAGACAAACCUUCAUUCCCUGCAAGAAUCAACCAGGACAAUGCAGGAAUAGAGACGGUUAUUUUGCCUGGGACAGAAACCCCCCACGGGAGUAAGAAGAAUGGACCGAGCCGGAGUAAACAGAAGAGAACCAACAUCCACUGGGUGUCGUACCUGGAUGGGCUGCAGAGGGUGCUGUUCUUCACAGAGGAUGCUAGCCUUGCCCAGGACGUACGGGAGGCCUCAGGAGAAAAGACCUCGCUGGAAGCCUUCCUGUCUCUGGAGGGGCUAGGGGUGUCACUUGUGAGCAGCCUCUACACAGAGAUAGCUUACCUGAGUAUUACCAGUACCCCACCUCUCUGGGAAGUGAACUCUAAAGGCGACAGUUGGAAGAUGUUGAAACCGGAGGUAGCGACGUUCUUGGAGGACCAGUUCCGGCACGGUCACCCAGAGGCGGUCAUUCCUGACAAGGUCAGGGUGGACUUCCAGAGCAUGCGGAUGGUCAAGCCUACAGCCGGGGGCCUGCGCAGAACAUACCAGCCUGGACUGUGGUUUCAGUACCGCAGCUCUGACCACCAUACAGGAAUGCAUGCCAAGCUACAGAGACUCCAGUUGGAUAACCAGCUGCAGACAGCAGUGUUCCCCACAGUGCUGUACCCUGCCCCCCUCCCCAGGAAGGUGCUGAAGAAGAUGGGACCUCGACCCUUCAUCGAACUGGCACUCAUGAGAAGACAGGUCCCAGAACAACACUCCGACACCAUCAAGUACUGCAAGCUGCUCCUUCAGCAGUUUUCUGUCCGAGUGGACAAAGGUUUCCUGCUGACCGUCACUGACUUCUUCACCACACACAUGGAGGAGGAGGAGGAGAGCGCCAAGCUCCAGUCCGACUACGGGAAGAUCAACCUCACGCUGCGAGACACCGUCGCUGCCCUCGCCACAUCCGGGACAGACAAGAUCUAUCUGGAAUACUUCCACUUCUCCCCCGUUAAACUCUUCAUCAGCUUUAGCCUGAGUGGAGAGCCGCACCUCACGCAUGAACAGAAGGACACGAUCACAAAGGACGUGGUGGAUUUCUUCCUGGGUACCGUGGGGACGACUCUGACCAGCCUGAAGGAUGUGGAGAUGAAGCUGGCGUACUUUGAGAGACGAGGAGUGAUGCUGACACAGACACAGCUGGUCCAGGAGGUGCAGAGUCACUACACAGGACAGGCCAUCCAGCAGUCCUAUGUGCUGUUACUUGGUCUGGAUGUGAUUGGAAACCCGUACGGACUCGUCACCAAGAUUGGGAAAGGCCUUGGAGAUCUUUUCUAUGAACCAUAUCAGGGUGCUAUUGAGGGACCGGAGCAGUUUGCAGAGGGCGUGGCUAGAGGUGUGCAAAGCCUGCUGGGACAUGCUGUCGGUGGAACAGCAGGGGCGCUGUCCAGUAUUACAGGGAGUGUAGGUAAGGCGUUCUCCCUGCUGUCCAUGGAUGAAGACUACAGCACUAGGAGGAGACAGCGCAUGCAGCAACAGCCCAGCGACAUGCCGUCAAGUCUGCUGCUGGCAGGACAGAGCUUCAUCAUGGGCAUAGUCAUGGGCAUAUCAGGUGUGGUGUUGCAGCCAGUCAAGGGGGCCCAGCAGGAGGGGGUAGAGGGGUUCUUCAAGGGGAUUGGCAAGGGUCUCCUGGGGCUCUUCUCACGCCCUGUCGCUGGGGUGUUUGACAUGGUGAGCAUGUCGUUUGACGCAGUGCGCCGGUCGGCGGAGGUCGGCCAUAUUGUCGUGCACAGGCAGCGGGUACCGAGGUUCAUCAACCCAGAGACUGGACUGACUCCAUACUCAGCCUACCAGGCUGUGGGGAACACUCUCUUACUGAACAUAGAGAGAGGGAAGUAUGCGGAGACUGACAUGUACGUGGCACACGCUGCCGUCAACACAGAACAGGACGAACAGAUGCUACUCAUCACUGACCAGCGGAUUCUAUUGGUGGACAAGUGCUUCUGGUUCUCUGGCUGGGAUGUGGAGUGGGACGUUCCACUUGACCACAUUGUAGGGGUGCCAACAAAGGCCGACGGCAAACUGUCCUUCCAACACAAGGAGGAAGAAGAAACACCAAACCUGUUCACUGCUAUUGACAAGGAGGUGAAUGUGAAGGAUCAGCAAGUCUUAAAGUGGCUCUACUCCCAUCUAGAGCAGGCUUUGGAUGAUGUCAGAGGAACCUGAGCACAAAAGAUGUGAUGUCAUCACUUUGGGAGCAAAACAAUCCAAGAGCUAUCAAACAGUGCAACAAAAAAGCACUAACGUUCUAGUCAAUAUCACGUGAUUCAUAGUCAUGUAUAUCAUAAUAUCAAGUACCUCAGCGUGAUUGGAUCCGGAUGUACGUAAAGGAUAAUCAAGACAAAAACUAUAAUUAGUAUUCAAGGAAAAAAAGAUAAUAUAUAUUGUGUGAAGUAUAAGCACUAUAACUAACAUAUCGUCCUAUAAUGCCUGUUUAUAGUGACUGUGGUAUAUAUUAAGGACUCUGUGAAUUGACAACAUUUGCUAGUUAGUUUUGACGCUAUGCAGCAAAAGUAGCCACUUUCUAUGCCCAUUUGGUGAUGGCAGUUGCUACUGUUGUCUUGUCAGUAGGGCAGUACUUUAAUUUUGUACUUUGAGCAACGCAAGGCAAAGGCUUGCUCUGGAGUGUAUUUAGACAAGAAGUGUGUUCCAUAAUGUAUUAUUUUAGGCCCAUUAUAUUUUACUUGAUUCGGUUACCAUUAUGACUUUCAACAUUACUGACUAAUAUAUAAUAUUAUAAUUAUGUACAUAACAAAAUAAUGCUGUAGGCCGGAUGACAUAUUCGUUUAACUAUAAUUUACCCUCUGCAAAAGUUACGGAUUUGAAGGGGUCACAAUGUGUUCAUUUGCAUUCCAAGCUCUAAAACUAAUGUCCAUACCAAAAUGUACAUGGAAAGUCUUGGCUCUUUUGUUGUGCAUUUAGAAAAACGGGUAAGUCAGGAAAAGGAAUUCUCAUGAAAAAUAGGGGCUUUCUACAUAGCAAAUCAGCUAUAAGGUUACAUUUAUCAGGGCUUGUUUUUUUUCUGUUACAUACAAAAUUGCAUGUUAUCAUACAUGUAUCUUUUGCCUGCAAUUUGGAGACUUAAAUUUGCAAAUUUGAAAAUAAAGAAGAACUCAAGCCCGGCACAAGCCAUUGUUCUUGCCAUACUUAAGCACAACUAAAGUAUAUUUUUUUGCAUAUUUUACCUUGCAAAUAUGUCUGUUUUCUUUUUGAUCUAAAAUUUUUUUUUUGCAAAUAGUAAAUUUCCUGGUGUGUUUAUUGAGCCCUUGUUACAAGUGGCAUCUUAAAAACAGUUUGGAUGAAGGUGUAGUUGUGAUGGAUGAGGAGCCUAUGAAACAAAAGUUAGCAGAAAGUAUAUUUCAGCAUUUAUGCAAAAGAGUACGGGUCAGGGCAAACUUGGUGAGCCGUCUUGCUGCUACGUCAUGGUAGUAAUACUUCUCCGAAGCUAAACAGUGUUGCAACACGUCUUUGCAUAAAUAUGUUCAUUGAAAUGCCAACAGGGUAUAAUUAAAAACAUUCAGUGUGUGAAGAAUAAACCAUUCUGUUGA